UGUAACAACUACCCGCACUGCGCUGCUUUACCUGGACCUCCGACCCUUGUUUAUUAUUUUCCCAGGACUUUAGCCUCCUUGAUUUUAAUUUGUUUCCUGUUACAAUUCUGGUGGGUUGGAAGAAUAAAAGUUCUUUUCACCCACCAUUUGGCGUUGUUUCUCUCCGUUCACCCUGCUCGCUCUCCACCCGUGUCACAUAGGAAUUUUUUUGGCGUUGUCGGCAGGAUACGGGUUUGAAAGCAGUUUGGUUGAGCGGGGAAACAGCUUCAAGAGGAUGAUGAUGAUGCCUGUGUACCCCGGUGCUCCCUGGCUCCCAAAAUUUAAAGGGCCAGGAGGUGAUUUAAGCUACAGUGAGUGGAAGGAGCAAAUUCAGGGGUUGCUUGGUUCCCAGGAACUAACGGAGGCUAAAAAAGUUGAUAUUGUUCUGGGAGCUUUAGCCGGAGAAGCUAAACGGCAAGUCAUUGUUUUGGAAGAUGAUGAGAAGGAUCGUGUUAAUAAGAUUUUUGCAUUUUUGGACUCCCUGUUGCGGGAGUUGUAUCACAGGUUGCGGCGGCACGACCCAGGUGAUGCCCCCUCUGAUACGGCGCUCCGGGACCAACUACUACUGGGGUUACAAGAGGGGCCAUUGGCCCAGGCUCUGAGAGUCUAUGCUCGCAGACAUCCAGACGAAGACUUUGCCGCAGUGAGAAAAGAGGCCUUACUGCUGGAUGUGGAGCAUGGCCGCCACCAGACAGAGGUAAUAUGUACAGCAGUAAAUAACUCACAGUCAUUCCCGAGGCCGCCCCAACAGCCCAGCUGGAAGGAGAGCCUGAAGCAAGAGAUUUUGGAGGAUGUGAAGUCCCAGAUGAGCAGCCUCGCACAGGAGUUGCUAAAAGAGCUCAAACCACUUCUCCAGCCCGCUGCACCUGUGUCCGUACCCCAAACACAGACAAGGAGAUACCGCCGGCGGUCACAGGUGGAAAGUAACCAAUGGGAUGAUCAAGGUAGGCCCAUUUGCCAUCGUUGUAAGGAGGCUGGACACAUGGCCAGGGUUUGUAAAGGGUCAGCUGUCAGCCCCGCUGCUUUAAACUAG